AUGAACUUGACGAUUCGGAUGAAAUUGGCGAUGGGCUUUGGGUUCAUCAUUGUGAUGUUGAUAAUGCUUGUCGGUGUUGUGCGCUUUAAGACGCAGGCGUCGGAUGGGCUUUUGCAGUCUUCAUCUGAGGCGGUUGAGUUGAGCUUGUCAUUGCAGGGCGAGAUUCAUCACGCGUUGUCGAUGCACCGUGGGUACAUGAUUCUGGGUCUUGAGGCGCUUGCUGAUGAGCGUUUGGAGGCGUGGGAUCUGAUCGAUGGGUACAUGCGUGACAUGGAUGCGCUGGCGGCGGGCUGGGAUGAUCCUGAGCUUGUUGGUCAGUAUGAUCGAUUCAAGACAGUGAUGGCGGACUUCCGUGUUGCUCAGCAGCAGAUCGCGGAGGUGAGCUGGACUGAUGGUGAUCUUCCUGCGAAUGUGCAGUACUUUGAUGUUGCUGAGCCGUUUGGCGAUGAGAUGGUUGCUCGUUUGCAGGCGAUCCUUGAUGAGGAAGAGUCACAGGCUGCGAGCGCUGAGCGCAAGCUGCUUGUUCGUCGCGUGACUGAGGCUGAGGGGCACUUGCUCAAGAGCCGAAACGCGAUCUCUGCGUACCUUGGUUCAGGCAAGGAAGAGCAUUUCGAGCGGAUUGGUUCGUGCUUGACUGCGUGUCAGGCUUCGGUUGAUCGUUUGAUGACGAUGACCGGUUUGUUCACUGCUUCGCAGCAGGCGAACUUCGAUGCGUACAUCUCGGCUCGCGAGACUUUCAUUGCUGAGGCGAAGGAAGCGGUAGCGAUUCGCAGCGGCGAUGAGUUCUGUGUUUCGGAGACGAUCUGUCUGACGCAGGUGACUCCACUGGCGAUUGAGGCGGUGGAUCUUGCGAAGUUGAUCGCUGAGCGUCAGUCUGAGUUUAAGGAAGAAGCGAUUGCUCAGUUUGAGCAGGCGAGCGCCUCGAUGCUGGCGACUGUGCAAGCGGUCGGCUUUGGUGCGAUCGCGGCUUCGACACUGAUCGCGUUCUUCUUGAGCAGCUCGAUCACGAAGCGUCUGAAGGCAGUGAUGGAGUACGCGUCAAAGAUCGCGGAUCGUGAUCUGAGCAUGGAUGCUCUUGAGAUGAAGUCGGGUGACGAGAUCGGUCAGCUUGCUGGCAAGGUCAAUGAGAUGAAGGAUUCGCUCAAGUUUGUGAUCGGUGAUGUGAUGAGCUCAACGCAGAUGGUGGCGAGCUCAUCGACGGAACUGGCGGCGAGUGCUGAGCAGAUGGCAAGCGGUAUCGAGAUUCAGAAUCAGCAGACUCAGCAGGUUGCUGCGGCUGUGGAAGAGAUGUCGCAAUCGGUCGCUGAGGUUGCUGCGAAGUCAUCGGAUGCAACGACUGCUUCGGAAGAAUCACAGGCGCUCGCGGAAGAGGGCGGCCAGAUUGUUCAGAACACGGUUGAUGAGAUGCAGGGUAUCGCGACUGAGGUGCAGUCCAGCGCUGACACGAUCAAUGAGCUUGGUGCGAAAUCCAAGACCAUUGGCGAGAUCAUCUCGGUGAUCAAUGACAUCGCGGAGCAGACGAACCUGCUCGCACUCAACGCGGCGAUCGAAGCGGCUCGUGCUGGUGAGCACGGACGCGGGUUCGCGGUUGUUGCUGACGAGGUUCGAAAGCUUGCAGAGCGCACCACUGAAGCGACGGAAGAGGUUUCGGUCUCGAUCCGUGGUAUUCAGGGUGAGACCAGCACGGCGGUUGAGCUGAUUGAGAACGGCUCGAAGCGUGUCGGUCGCGGUGUUGAGCUGGCAUCGAGUGCGGGUCAGGCGCUGCAGAGCAUUGUCUCUGGUUCGCAGGGCGUGCAGCAGAUGGUUCGCGAUAUCGCGGCGGCUGCUGGAGAGCAGACGGCGGCGGCGGAUGAGAUCGCUCGCGCGGUAGAGGGGAUCAACUCGGUCACCAAUCAGUCCGCAGAGAGCGCCUCGCAGUCUUCGGCGGCGGCGUCUGAUCUGGCGAAGCAGGCGGAGCAGCUGCAGGAGCUGGUCUCACGCUUUAAGCUCGAAGCGUGA